AUGAUAAUCACCAGCAAUGAUCUUGCGAGUAUCUAUACACUCAAAAUAUUUCUCAGUCAUCACUUUUAUAUGAAGGAUCUUGGGCGCCUCCACUAUUUCCUAGGCUUGGAGAUUCUCUUUGAUUCGGAUGGCUAUUAUCUCUCCCAAGUAAAGUAUUCUUUUGACAUUCUUGCUUGUGCUGGUAUCACUGAUUGCAAGAUAGCUCCUACUCCACUUGAGACCAAUGUUAAGCUCACUCCUCUAGAUGGUACACUCCUCAGUGAUGCCACAUUGUAUCACAGUCUGGUAUAUCUCAUUGUUACUCGACCUGACAUCGCCUAUGUUGUGCAUCUUGCAGGUGAUCUAAUUGACCGACGUUCUACUACUGGCUUCUGCUUCUUUCUUGAUAUGGGUAUUUCUCAUUCCAAUGGCAAUAUUCUCUAUUGUGAUAAUCAGAGUGCUAUUUACAUUGCUCAUAAUAAUAUCUUCCACGAAUGCACCAAACAUAUUGAAAUUGAUUAUCAUGUUGUGCGUCAACAAGUUGCUCAGAGAACCGUUCACCUCGACCUGUCUUACCUUUCCGUGAUGGAGAAAAAUUGCUAUCUUGUUUAUGUUACAUUUACAUUGUUGGUGCACGUCUACUCUCUCAUGGCUUGCUUAGCUGAAACCAACAUCGCCACUGAUCAAUCUGCGCUUUUUACACUGAAAUCCCACAUCAACAGCGACCCUCAUAACACUCGCCGCCACCAUAGAGUUGCAAUCUUAAACCUUUCUUACAUAGGCCUAAGAGGCACCAUCCCUCCAUACAUUGGAAACCUCUCAUUCUUACCAUCCCUCGACAUUCGAAACAAUAGUUUUUAUGGCGAUAUCCCUAAAAAGAUAGGCCAUUUGCAUAGACUAAAAGACAUCAUUCUCCCUUUCAACGACUUUACAGGAAAUCUUCCUGAAGAAAUAGGCAAGCUUGCUAAUCUAGGGUUUUUGGAUGUGGUGUCGAACCGACUCUCAGGCUCCAUACCUGCUUCCAUUUUCAACAUCUCCUCGCUGGGAAUUAUUGACCUCACUAUAGUCUGUCCGGUAAUCUUCCGGCAGAUAUGUGCUACCGUCUUCCAAAAUUCUAUUGGCUUGCUCUAG